AUGAUGUUGCUUGAAGAUUCUCAACUUGUGUCAAAAAUGAUACUCUUGCUCACAAUAUCAGUGAUGUACAACAUUCAAGAGACUGAUGGUAGUACAGGUGGGACCUGUGGUAAAAAGGUUUGUACUCGACAAGACUUAGGAGAAAUCAAAGAAAUGUUACCCAACAUAAGAGAAGAGGUUAACACCCAGACAAAAGCCAUUGUAAAUAUCAAGGAGGAACUCUCCAAAAUGAAGCAUGAGAUUUCUUCGUAUCAAGCUGAAAUGAAACGCGACAUUUCAUCUUUGAAAGCUGAUGUGAGAAGUGACAUUUUAGCAUUGAAGAAUGCUAUUCUUAAGCCAGCCCAUUAUAUCGGAUGUUUUGCAGAUAGCCUUUCGUCGCGUGAUUUACCAAACGGGGCGGGGACUGGAGGUUUCCCCCACAUUGAUGCGAUGACCAUUGCUAAAUGCAACAAUGUUUGUCGCAGCCAGGGUUUUAAAUAUGCUGGGUCCCAAUUUGGAGAGCAGUGUUUUUGUGGCAAUGACUUUGGAAGUCAAGGGAAAGUGGCCGAUAGCGAAUGUAACGUCAAGUGUCAAGGGAAUAGUGAGGAAGUGUGUGGUGGGGGCUUUAGGAACAGCAUACACUUGGUUCGAUACUUCUGAUGACGCCACACUUUAUUUGAAUUACACCUGGCACAAUGUUACGUUGAGAAAUACAUUACUUUAAUGAAAUAAAAUGUUUAGGCAACUUAUUCGUAGUUGACAAAACAAAA